AUGGGCAACUACUACCAAUUGUCUGGUGUACCUGUGUCGGAGGUGAGGUUGGAUGAACCUCAGAAGAGCAACACCGCAAAAGUCAGUGCGGACCAGGAAGCGGUCGACAAGCUCUCACGUAUCAAGAGCGAAUGCAAGACGCCUGGUGCAAUUACGUUCGUCCGAAGUCGUAUGCUAUACGCGAAAGCGGCCUUAAAUGCCAAAGGUGGUGUGAGGUUUGGGCUACGCCAUAUUCAUAUCCUAAAUCGUUUCCCUGAUCGCGAUGACAAGCAGCAGACGAUACAUGUCAUGAGAUAUAUCUUCCCCCGUCAAUUCGGCUUACACAAUGUCUUCACAUCCAAGGUGGAUCCGCGUGACACCGCUAUGCCUUUCAAGGACUAUACGCUGCGAGAGAAGGAUAUACACAGUAGCAUGUGCCGAGAGCUGGGUAAAAAAGCAACAGACGCUCAAGAAGUAGCCAAAUGGAAGCAACGAACACCCAAAAGGCUCCGAGGUGACAUUAUUAAGUUGGUUGAAAGACUUCGGAUUCGCAACCAGCGAUGUUCAUACAUGGAAAUGCUUCGGCAUUACUGCCCAAUCGAGGGAGUACCUUUAUCAACGAGGCCGGGAUGGAGGAAGAGCGCACUUCAGCCGAAAGCAGAUGUACGGCCAGUCGCAGAGCCAACUAAAUGUGACAAAAAGUGUCAACCUACGGCCGGAGCUCGCACCGUUCAGCAAACCUGUUUCACAGAUCUUGCCUGUCCAGCAGCACACGUCUCGGCCUUUUGUCGCGCAGUCAUAUCUAAGGUUGUACCCGAAGGCUUCUGGGGUAAUGAACAGAACAAACGCACUCUCAUGUAUUGGGUAGACCAAUUCAUAGAUCUUCGAAGAUUCGAGUCCCUUAAUUUGCAUCAGGUCACACAGAACAUACAGAUUACAAACAUAACUUGGUUGCGCCCACCCAGUCAAGAAAAUGACAUGAAGCUGUCCAAAUCGGAUAUAGACAAACGUGGGGAGAUAUUUCUUGAAUUCGUCUACUGGCUCUUUGACUCCUUCCUCGUCCCCCUGGUCCGCACAAAUUUCCAUGUAACUGAGUCCAGCGCACACCGGAAUAGGCUAUUCUACUUCCGCCACGAUGUCUGGCGAAUGCUAACAGAACCUGCUUUGACGGAAUUACGUAUGAAUAUGUUUGAAGAAAUGCCCACGGAAAGCACAGAAAGGUUACUGUCCGCACGCCAACUUGGUUUCAGUAACAUUCGUCUCCUGCCCAAGAAGCAAGGUUUUCGGACUAUAACGAACCUCAAGAGAAGACAGCAGGUGAUGCGGUAUGGGACUAUGACUCUCGGGCGAAGCAUCAACGCGGUAAUGACACCAGCAUUCAAUGCGAUCACCUAUGAGAAGUCACUACGACCAGACAAGUUCGGCUGCUCCCUAUUCUCUGUCGGAGACAUGUUUCCCAAGCUUGCGUCUUUCAAGGCUUCAUUGCGACAACGGGGACUCGGCGACACUCGGCUUUACUUUGCCAAAGUCGAUGUGCAGGCCUGCUUCGAUACCAUACCACAGUCACGCUUAUUGCGUAUGAUCGACAGUCUCAUGUCGAUCCAAGCUUACAACACGGGCAAACAUGUGGAGAUAUCUCCCCUGCCAUCUCUACAACGCCUCGAUGGCAAACACGUAGAUCCGAUGCCUCUAAAGAAGUACAUUCCGCACACUCACGCAGCAACGGACAUGACGCCUUUCAACAAACUCGUGCAAAAUAGACUGGUUGGCACAAGGCCAACACCAUUUUUGUCAACACUAACCUACAACGAAAGAAAUGUUGUCAAAAUUGGAAAGCGCUUCUAUCGCCAGAAGACUGGCAUACCCCAAGGUUCCGUCUUGUCGAGCAUCUUAUGCAACUUCUUCUACGCGCAACUAGAACGCGAUGUCCUCGGAUUUCUGCUCGAUGAUGACUCUUUGCUGCUUCGUCUACUUGACGACUUUCUUCUGAUCAGUAUCAACGAAGAGUACGCGCGGCGCUUCGUCUGUGUUAUGCACAAGGGCCAUCCGGAAUAUGGCGUAGUGAUAAAGCCUUCAAAGUCAUUGGCCAACUUUGACGUGAUGACAGAAGAGGGGACCCGAAUCGCUAUCAGCGACUCAGAUGGCAAAUUCCCGUAUUGCGGCAUCUGUAUCGAUACGACGACGCUGGAAGUCAGCAAGAAAACAGAAUGCCCUACAAAAAUCAGUGUCGAGGACUCUUUGACAGUAGAUCUGACCAAAAUGCCCGGCCAAACGUUCCAUCGCAAAGCUCUCAAGUAA